AUUUUUUAUUUUUUAUUUUUUAUUUUUUAUUUUUUAUUUUUCGUUUUUGUCUGUUCGCUUCAAAAUGCCAACGAUAAGCAGGAAUCAAGCCAUUUGCAUGCUUUAUGGCGAAAAAUAUACCGAAGAGAACGCUGCUAGGCUUUUCAAGAAAAUCGAUGGUACAGAUCUCGAAAUUUGUUAUCUUCAUGAUCCUACGGAACCAAUCUUAAAGUCAAAGAUGAUCAUCAACUCCAACUCCAACUUCAAAUACCGUCUCUAUCCUGCUUUUUUUGACAACACAAUGAAAUUCUAAUGAUUCCGACUAUCCUUUUGGUUAUUUAUUCAUAUUACUUGCAAGGUUGGCGUUUUGAAUAAAAAAUGCAUGAAAUUUUACG